AUGUCUACACCAACACCCAUAACCUUCCCCUCCUCCACACACACCCUCUCCGCGCACCUCUACCACCACCACAAUCCCCUUACCAACACCACCACCCUUACCCCCGCCAUAAUCCUCUCACACCCCAUGACGGGGGUCAAAGAACAAACCACCACUCUCUACGCCACCCACCUCCACCACGCAGGCUUCACAACCCUCACCUUCGACGCCGCCUACCAAGGCUCCAGCACCGGCCACCCCCGGGGCCUCGAAGACCCCUUCCAGCGCGUCGAGGACAUCAAGUCGGCAGUGACGUAUCUCUCGACCUCCGUCCCGGGGGUAGACAGUACGCGAAUCGGUGUGCUGGGCAUCUGCGCGUCGGGCGGGUACGUCUGUUUCGCUGCGGCGGGUGACUUGCGGAUUAAGGCCGUGGCGACGGUGUCGGCGGCUUGUGUGGGGGGGAUGUGUAGGUGUGGUGGGGUGGGGAGGGGAUUAUUGGAGAGGGGGGAGGUGAUUGGGGGGGUGUUGGGGGGUGCAGCUGGGGAGAGGAAUAGAAGAAUCGAAAAUGGGGAGGCGCCGAAGAUGUUUGAUGCGGAGAAGGUGUUGCAGAUGGUGCAAGAGGGAGAAGGAGGAGGGGAUAAUGUGGAUUCGUUUUUUGCUGCAGCAGCGGAGUAUUAUGGAACUAGCAGGGGGAAGCAUGAACGGUCGACGCAGAGGGUACCCCUGCAGAGUUAUGAUCGGAUGGUGGUGUAUGAUUCGUUUGCGUUCAUGCGGUUGAUUGCGCCGAGGCCGGUGUUGAUGAUUGCUGGGGAGGAGGCGGAGACGUUGCAUUAUAGUGAGGAGGCGGUGCGGUUGGCGAGGGAGCCCAAGGAGUUGUUUGUUGUGGCUGGGAUGGGCCAUUUUGAUUUGUAUGAUCGGUUGGAGGUGUCGGGGCCCAAGUUGGUGCGGUUUUUUAGGGAGGCUUUGGCUUGA